UUUUCGAAAAUUUUCUUUUUUAUAUUUUAGAUUUUAUUACUUUAUAAGCUUUGCACGCAAUAGAGACAAAUUACUGUUAUUAUCAUAUCUCUCUCUCUCGUCUGAAAUAAUAAAAAAGUUUAUCUGCACUUUAUCGUUAACAUAAAUGAAGUCUGGCGAGAUGUUCACAAUGAUUAGAGAGCAAUAAAGUCAGUUCUUAUACAACUAUGCUGGAAAACUGUCGAUGGUUGCUAUAUCUAUCGCGUUUUUAUGGUUGUCAUCCACAUACGAUUAACGAACGUUCGGUAUUCACAAAUUUUCGUCUGUUGACAGUAUAUUCAUUCAUCGCAUGUGGCAUGUAUUGCGUUACAGCAUAUUAUUCAUUCGAUUUCAAUACUUUCUGUGUAGCUAAUAGUGUGGAAUGUGUUCUACGACGGAUCAAUCAAUACAACCGAACUCUUUAUAUGAUAUUGACGACAUUGCUGUCAUAUGUGCGACAUUCACAAUUUGAACGUGCUCUAAUCACAUCUCGUAAAUUCGAUGAUUUAAUACAACAUCAAUGUCGAGAUAUUAAUAAUGAGCAAAAGAAGCGCUAUAUACAAUGGUUGAUCAUAUUAUUGAUUAUCGGCGCUUGGUUCUUAUUUGGUGUACUAGAAAAGUUUGUUAUUAAAGAAACAGAAAAUAUGACUAAUGAAUUGACGAUACAAUACACGAUGCGGAUAUUAUUCUCCAUGGAAAUCGCAAAAUUCUGCUUCUUAUAUGAUGCAUUGCGUCGCAGGUUCCGUCACAUCAAUAAGUUAUGUCAUAAAUUGAUUGGAAAAUCCAUUAGUGUCGACAUCAGUUUAUUUGAUGCCGACCAUUCCAUAAUUGUAAAUAUCCAGCGAUUACAUCAGUGCCUCAAUGAUGCAACAAAUCAUCUCACUUCUUACUACAGUCCGCAGUUGUUUUGUUGGAUCACAUGUAUGUUACUGGACAUUAUAACUUGUAUCUUCAAAGCUCUUUAUGGAAGUAAUAGCGUGCUACUGGUUUGCGGCCAAUGUGUUAUGCUUCUGUAUUUAUCGCUUCAACUUUUAACUAUAAGUCGUAUCUGUGAUUUGACAUGCGAUCAGGCAAAUGCGUUAACGAGUAUGAUAUUCUCGGUUGAAGUUUCCACAUUUAACCACAACAAAUUCUGGACUGAAGCGAUAGAAUUAGGAGUAUUUCUACAGGCACAUCCGAUACACAUCAGAGUUUGUGGCUUAUUUAACUUGGAUAGCCGAUUUACAUUUUUCGGUAAUUGGUAUUUUAUAUACUUUUAUCAUGUCUUUUAAACACUAAUAUUAAAGCUGUUAUUAUAAUUACUUAAUUAAUAUCUUUUAGUUAAUACAUCUUAUC